GUACCGAAGCACCGGGAUUGUUUAGGUUGUGGGGAUUCCAAACUUGCAGGAGGGAGAUCCUCGAGCGUAGAGUCCCACUCGAAGCUCUGGCUUUUACCUUCCACUUUAUAGACACCUGAGCAAAGAAGGGUAACUACCAGUUCUUGACUUCUUCACGAUCCAGCUUCCAACUAGACGGAGUUCUCGACUGUUCAAAUUUCGAUACCAUGACAUUGCAAGACGACCUCGCAGCCAAUCCGCCAUGCCAUCCACGCGCGUGCGCGAUACAAAAUUGCCUGACCAGAAACGGAUUUGAUGAGAGCAAAUGCCAGAAACAGAUAGACGCACUCUACGAGUGUUGCAACGCGUUUUACGAAAAGAACGGCGAAAGCGCGUCAACAGUUAGCUGCCCCAAAGCGAGCCUGCUACGGCUCAAGAUGGAACAGACAAAGAAGGCUACAUGAAGGAAAACAAGAGGAGUCGAAAUGUAUCACUUGUCCAGAUAUGUCCACCUAAACGCCCGUGAAGGUGUUAGGUAACUUAAACGGAAAGUGCAGUAUUCCUCUGGGCGAUCCUUGAGCACGCAAGAGACCUCAUGGGCCUGAACAAG